CAGUGAUCGUGGUUUGAGUAAAUUGGUUUGACAGUUUGACAGUUUGACUAGAAGAGUCUCAGUGUCUGUAGAAUAGAUCUAAUUAUUUAACAAAGAAAUGAAUUAUCUUAAUCUUCCUCCAAACGUUCAACAAGCACUUCGGGGAAUAGGAGUAACAGCGCCUUCUAUUGCGUCUGUUCUUGAAAGCUCUGUACCUGAACUUGUCAAAACGACAAACUUAUCUGGACACGAGUUUGAAAUUCUAAAGAAAGCGGUUCGUGAAAUAUUUGUACGCCCUUGUUUCGUUUCUGCUGACGAUUUGUACCUUGAGAACUGCGAUGACAUUCUUAUACUUCGCAGACUCAGCCUUGGCUGUUCAAUUCUAGAUCACCGUCUUAAAGGUGGUAUACGUUCCCAAGGAAUCACUGAGAUUUAUGGUGAAAGUGCAAGUGGCAAAACUCAAAUUUGCCUACAGUUAUGUUUAAUGGUGCAAUUACCUUACCAUCUUGGAGGGCUUAACGGUGGAGCUGUGUAUUUAUGUACAGAGGAUAAAUUUCCAGACAAGAGACUCGAACAAAUAAAACCACAGUUCAUUCAGAGAUACCAAAACAUUUUAGGAGAUACCAGUGUUGGUGAUAAUAUCUAUUUAAAUCAUGUCUGUGAUGUUAAAGAAUUGAGUGACGUCUUAGAAAACAAAUUACCUUCAUUAAUGAAGUACAAGAAAGUGAAACUUCUUGUCAUUGAUUCCAUUGCAGCCUUAUUUCGUGUUGAAUAUUCAAUGAAUGAGAUGGAUAAAAGAAGCAAAGUUUUGACUAAACUUGGUGCUCAGUUAAUGCAACUGAGUAACAAAAAUAACAUGGCAGUUGUGUGUAUCAAUCAGGUUUCAGCAGUGUUUUAUAAUACAUGCAAAUAUCAUAAAGUUCAACCAUGUUUGGGUCAAACAUGGUCCAAUCAAGUUACAGUUAGAGUCAUGCUCAGAAGACUUUCUUCUAAAGAAAUGGCUGAAUGGCAGUGGCCCAUGGAAGAGAGAAAUAAUCAAAUACGUGAGUUGGCAGUUAUAUUCUCACCUGAUCUACCCCACACAACCUGUUUUUAUGGUGUUGAUGUCUCUGGGGUUCAUGGCGUUCCAGCAGAUAGGCACAUGGCCACUCAUAAGGAAGACACUCAUCGUGACAUAUGCCAUCAAUGUAAAUCAAUGAAAUCGACGAAUCCUGGUGUUGCUUCUAAGUAAAGAGCCCCUGAUUGGUUGGAGUUGAAUAAAUGAUUAGAUGAACAACAACACCCUCCUGGAACAAGGCAGCAACAUCGAAAAAAGAAAGGUUUUAAAGACAGUUUUGGAAUUUGGAUCACCCUAUCAGUGGCUUAGCCAGCCUGACGAUUUUGAAUUUGAAGCUAGGGUACAACGACUAUGUAGGGCUUGUACUAUGGGCUUUAAAUUUGAAAGCAGUUAUAUAUUAUAGAUAUUCUUAAUGAGAGAAAAACUUAUAUGUAUAUCAUCCUAUCUCCAUAUCAAACGAGGGGAUACAAUGAACUUGUGAAGGUCAAUGAAGUAGCGCACCUUUGCAGCAUUAUAAUACGUUUUAAUAUUAAGUAUUUUCAUGGAUUGUUAACGUAUUUUAUUGACAUAUUUAUUCUUAUAAGAAUAAUAAAAAUAAUAUAAAAAGAAAGAUAUAAAAAAUUACAUCAAGCUAUAUCACUUUGCAUUUCUCAAUUCACGGUACUGUAUCUAUAACAAUAUUCAAUACACGAAAUGACCGGUUAUGCUGUGACAACUUCUAUUCCUGACCUCCCUUCCACCGUGACAGGUGGAAUUGGUUGUUCUUGAAUAGGUUUUAAAACUAAAA